AUGCUUCAAAGGCCUGCAACAACUUCUGGUCUUACUGGUAUACUUCCGUUGCUGCCCCAGGUAGCCAUUUCGGGCGCUAUUGGAUACUGCUACUACUCAUAUCUGAAGUGGGAAGUUCUCAGUAUGGAAGAAGCUCAAGCAAAGCGACAGGCCUAUAUCAACGAGGUCACAGAGAAUAUCUCUGAAUUUCAGGCUACGCUUGAAAACCUGUCCUCGGAGACUGCCUUGCAGGCUGAGAUCGCCGAGAUCCUCAUAAAGUCCGUAUGCCACUUGACUGAACUUCAAGUCCGCGUACAAGACUUCAUCGAAGUAUUGCUGCAGCUGUCGCGAGUUAUCAGUAGAACUGUUCAAAACAGUGAACCUGCAAUCAAAACGGCUGCCGAGAGCGAGCUUGCAAAGCCAUCUAUAGCACAGGACUUCCGCGAAAACGCUUUCAAAAUGAAAGCCAGCUUCAAUUUUCUUCUCAGGGCAACUCAGAUUUAUGUCGCUAUUUCCACGAAAUUCAUCACGCCGACAAUUCGUAAAUUUGGCGACCUGCGCUUGUAUCAAGCCUGCAGCGACGCUGAUAUCAAGGAGAAAAUGGAAGUUUUGAAUCAACUCCGACUUGCAGCAUGUGAGGGUACCGAAGAUCUGGCUAUCCGAAUGCACGAGGAGCUCAAAAGAGAUAUUCAUGAGAUAGUUGCGAACUCCACUUUGUUGGAUCAUUAA